AUGACUGGCCGCCCUCCUUUGCCCCAAGCCAAUUCAUCUGCCUCGCUGGCUCAGCAAAUGUCCUACUUCAGCCUUGAUAACAGCAAGCCCGAGGCGACUGACACCCCAGCCGAGAGCAAGACUCCCGACCUUCGUAGCCUCUUGUCCCAAGUCGUGGACUGGCUCCAGGAGGAGAAGGCCAAGCAGCAGAGACGCCGACACGCGACGCGACAGCACCCCCAUUCGCAGCAUCAUCACCAGCACCAGCACCAGCAACAGCAACAUCGGAGAACAACCAGGGAGCAGGACCCCCAAGGGACCUCGACUCCACCACAGCAACCACAGCAUCAACGUGCGCAAUCCACCGAUGACACGGAACCGGCAUUCGAGAAGCUCGAGGACAUCCUCGCCGGAUUCACCGCCUCAUACCUACAAAAUCUACCCAAACUGACCCACAAAUCCUCCACUUCAUUAUUUCGCAGAGGUAGUAUAGCCAAGAAAUUCACCAAGCGCGGUUCCAUAGUCCCUCAGUCCUCCGAUACAGAGUUCUUCGGAGAUGACAUACUUGUACCGAAUGUUGAGGCCACUCUGGACAAUUCCAAGACCUUGUCAUACACAGGUGGCUCGGCCGAUGCCGACACGAGUGACACAGCGAAACAACGAGAUCUCAAACAUUGGGUGACUUUCAAGCAGGACGUUAUCCGUUUAACCCACACUCUGAGGCUCAAAGGAUGGCGACAGAUUCCCAUCGAUCGUGCCGCGGACAUCGACGUGGGAAGGCUGAGUGGUGCACUUACAAAUGCUGUCUACGUCGUGCGCCCACCGAAGAAUAUGGCAGAUUAUGCGAGCCAAGCUUCCAAGGGUUCCUCUACCUCUCUCGAUACAUCGUCUUCUCAACAGCUGACUCUUUCUUCCAAACAUAAACCAUCAAAUCUUCUGCUGCGGAUAUACGGCCCUCAGGUAGAGCAUCUCAUUGACCGAGAGGCUGAGCUGGGUAUCCUCCGCCGGCUCGCCAGAAAACGUAUCGGGCCCCGCCUGUUGGGGACUUUCGAAAACGGACGUUUUGAGGAGUUCUUGCACGCCACGACGCUCACCGAGAAAGACCUGCGCGUCCCAGAGACGUCGAAGCAAAUUGCCAAACGAAUGCGCGAGCUUCACGAAGGGAUUGACCUACUCGAAUCCGAGCUCGAAGCUGGACCGGCUGUGUUCAUCAACUGGGACAAAUGGGUUGACCGAGUCCAAAGAGUCGCCUGUUUCCUGGACGAGCAAGUCCGACUAGUGGCAGAGAAGAGCUCAUCCGCUGAUUCUGUUGGCGGUGCCGCCAACAUCAAGUCAAAGAUCAAUCCAAACUACACCCGGCGAGGUCUGAUCUGCGGUGUCGAGUGGCCGGUAUUCCGACGUGUAUACGAAGCCUACCGCGCACGUCUCGUCAAAGACUCAGGCGGACCCAAAGCGAUCCGCUCGAAUCUGGUCUUUGCACACAACGACACGCAGUACGGCAACCUGAUGCGUUUACAACCUUCAGGGACCUCGCCCUUGCUGCAGCCCAGCAAUCACCACAAGCAGCUGAUCGUCAUCGACUUCGAGUACGCGUCACAGAACACCGCUGGACUGGAAUUCGCCAACCACUUCACCGAAUGGUGCUACAACUACCACCACCCAGAGCGCAGCACCAUGUGUGAUACACGCAGGUAUCCCAACCAAGAGGAGCAGUACCGCUUCGUGCGCAGCUACGUCAUGCACCGACCGCAGUUCAACCCCAGCGCGAGCGCGACGCCGAAGAUGGAGCCCCGGGAGAAAACAAACAUCAAUGAUUUCAUGCUGGACGCACGUGCUCCUCCCGGGUCCACACCUGCGUCUGCAUCGGCUUCCACGGGUGAUCUGUUGGGCAGCGCAGCGAUGGACUACGACGUGGAGGAGAGAGCGCGCGAGAAAGCACAAGAGGAGGAGAUCCAGCGGCUGCUGCGCGAGACCAGGCUCUGGCGGCUGGCGAAUUCCGCGAUGUGGGUUGCGUGGGGCAUCGUGCAGGCCAAGGUGCCCGAGCUCGACGAGAAGGAGGAGAGCAAGACCCAGAGGGCGAAGAGCAUCGUUGAAGGAGUGGUGGAUAAAGUCAAAGGAUUGACGAUGGGCGGUGGCAGCAAAGACACAGCUGAGGCUGGCGACGACAAGGUCGAGCACCACGCCGCCGCCGUCACAGCACAAUCAGACCCCCUCACCGACGAAGACAAGCGUCUCCAAGAGCAAAGCAAAAACGACCGACCCGAAGGCCGCGCACAAGAAGAAUCACACCGCCAAGGCGGCGGCCGCCGCGAUGAUGCCCAUGCACGCGAAGCCCAACCCGAGGAGGAGACAACCACGUCGACAUCGACGGACACCCCAACAACGGACGAACCCGAAGAGGAAACGGAAGAGUACGACUACCUCGCCUACGCGCACGACCGCGCCCUGUUCUUCUGGGGCGACUGCGUCCAGAUGGGCAUCGUCAAGGAGGAAGACCUCCCUGAAAGCCUGCGGCGGAGUAUCAAGGUCGUGCCGUUCUGA